AUGGUUUUGGAGCUACGUGUUGGAGCUGUUACCUUCAUCACAAAAGACACAACUAGAGACAGUGAUGUCCGUUCUCCUAAAGUCACAGUGGAGAGGAAAUUCUUCCUUUCAAUGUUGGACUCGGGGAGCCCCGAGUCCGGAAUCAUCAAGGAAGAACCGGCCGGGUUCGGGGACCUGAAAACUCCGGAGCCGCAGUCUCCGCGCGGGGCGGCCUGGGAAAGUCACAGUCAGCAGCGCAGUGGCGGGAACCGCAGCCCGGCGGCCCUGGAACCUCCCAGAAGUCAUAGGAGAAUACAUACAGGAGACAAACCUUAUAAAUGUAGUGAAUGUGACAAAUACUUUACCCGUGGUUCAGCUCUUACAAGACAUCAGAAGAUUCACACAGGACUGAAACCUUACAAAUGUAGUGAAUGUGACAAAUCCUUUACAAGGAAAUUCUAUCUUAGAACUCAUCAGAGAAUGCAUACUGGAGAGAAACCUUACAAAUGUAGUGAAUGUGACAAAUACUUUACUCAUGCCUCAGAUCUUAGAAGACAUCAGAAAAUUCAUACAGGAGAGAAACUUUACAAAUGUAGUGAAUGUGAGAAUCUCUUUAUCUGUGUCUCUCAUCUUAGAAGUCAUCAGAGAAUACAUACAGGAGAGAAACCUUACAAAUGUAUUCAAUGUGAGAAAUCCUUUAGUCAUAGUUCAGACCUUAGAAGACACCAGAAAAGUCAUACAGGAGAGAAACCUUACAAAUGUAGUGAAUGUGACAAAUCCUUUACAAGGAAAUUCUAUCUUAGAACUCAUCAGAGAAUCCAUACUGGAGAGAAACCUUAUAAAUGUAGUGAAUGUGACAAAUACUUUACCCAUGCCUCAGAUCUUAGAAGACAUCAGAAAAUUCAUACAGGAGAUAAACCCUACAAGUGUAGUGAAUGUGACAAAUCCUUUACCCAGAAAAGCAGUCUUACAACUCACCAGAGAAUUCAUACAGGAGAGAGACCUUAUAAGUGUAGUGAAUGUGACAAAUCCUUUGUGAGUAAAUUCUAUCUCAGAACUCAUCAGAGAAUACAUACAGGAGAGAAACCUUACAAAUGUAGUGAAUGUGACAAAUUCUUUACGAGAAAAUUUUAUCUCAGAACUCAUCAGAGAAUACAUACAGUAGAGAAACCUUACAAAUGUAGUGAAUGAAGCAAAUCCUUUACCAACAGCUCCGUGAGAAAUUUUAUAAAUGUAGUGAACGUGACAUAGUGUUUACCGAGAAAUGCAAUCUUGGAGCUCAUCAGAGAAUCCAUUCAGGAGAAAAGCCUUACCAAUGUAGUAAAUGUAAGAAAUCUUUCAUCCAGAAAGCCAACUGAAGAACACAUCAAAGAAUUCAUAUGAGAGACUCUUUACAAAUAUAAUGUAUGCAGAGUAGUCUUUACCUGCUUUCCAAGUCUAAGAAAUCACCCGAAAAUUCAUAACUGGAAUUAAAAUUUUCCAUAGGAAAUUAUAAGGAUAGUCUUUAUCCAAGCUCUGUUCUUAGCUACACUUGAUGCAUCAUACUAGAGAAUCAUUUUGAACAUGAGAAACUUGUAAAAACCUUUAAUAGUGUUUACUCUUGCAAAACGAGGUUAUGUUAAUGCAAAUUCUGAAAAUGUGACAAUGUAGGAGAAUUUUCAUUAACUUUUUACUUGUUCAUCCUCAAAUACUUCAUAAUGAAGAAACCUGAGGAACAUGCUAUUGUGUAACAGUUUCCUAGAGACUCAGUUGAUCCACUCUGAAGGGAAGCUAAAUAAGGCAGGACAUAGAGCUUGAAGGUCUAAAGAGCUUCAAGACAUCCCAGAAACUAGCAAGAUUCAUUAUGUUUCACUCAAGUGAAGAGAUUCAGACAAAUCAUGCCACUUAGAAGAGGAUUCGUCAACUUAACUCAUCAGGACUGGAUGCUCUUUAACCUGUAGAUAUGCCUAUGGGUGCUCUGGGUACAUAACAUUCACUAGGUGUAUGCCAUGGAUUUUAAUGAUGGAAACCAUCUUUAUGUACCUUUUGCUCUAUAGUCCUGUAAGGCAAA